AUGGCUGCCGUGCAAGUGAAUGUGCCUGCCCUUCUUGAAGUGUUGAGGAAAAGGAGGACUGAAAUUCAGGUUAAGAGCUUGAAAGAGCUUCUUAUCAAGUAUGUCGCGGAUUGCAUCCCUCGCUCCGAUGAUCUUACUCACGGAACGAUUAAAUUGGAAAAUUUGCCUCUUACCAUUCGUAAAGAAGUGCUGGAUCAGUUGAUGGGAAUGCGGCAUAAAGGCGAUGUCGACCACCACUUCCAGAAACGCAUCGAUAGGGUAAUUGAGGCCUACGCUCAGCUGAUCAGCCCGGAUACUAAAAAAAUCGAUUUGAGUGGAUUGAUUUCCUGGUGCUCUCAGGAAAAUGUCUCCAAAAACAUCACGAAGGCUCUGGAGGUGAUUUCGGCCAAAGCCGUUUGUUUGGAGCACCUGGAUCUCAGCUUUCCAGAGUACACGACAUUUGAUCGGAUUCAAAAUUCAUUCUUGGACGACAAUUCGAUUAGAGCAAUUCUCGGAAUGGAAAACCUGAAGAUUAUUCGGUUUUCGCUGGUCGAAUACAUUCCCUUGAAGCGUAUUUGCAAGAAUUUGCAAAAAUUGCAAUACGUAGAGUGCGAAUUUCUUCAAUUUUCUGGCGUUGAAGACAUCGAAGCCGACAUCGAGGACUUGAAAUUGAGCUUUUCUCGACUGAGAGUGUUCUUGUAUGGUGGUUUCAAACACUCAUUUGCGCAACUGUUGAUUCAGCACCUACCAAAUUUAUACAUGGUCCGAGAUUUCGAUGACAUCUUGCAUUUCAAUUCUACGUUCGAAGAACUGCCGAUUCCAGCAGAGACGUCUGAGCUGCGCGUUAUGUACACCGCUCCAACAACAAUCGACCUGCCAGCCAAAUUUCCCAACGUGACGCAUUUGAACGCAAAUUGUGUCGAGGUUGAGCCAGAAAACCAACACGAUUCGAUUCUGAGGUUCACAAGAAUCGAGAGUUUAGCGUUGAACAUUCAGCCGUUCCCUUCAACGCUCAACUCAUUUUUGGAUGCGUAUGGAGCCAAUCUCCACACCCUCAUGAUCAGAUCAGGUCGUACCAGUAGUCUCAAGUUUUCAUUCCAAAGGAUUUUCGACGCGUGCCCAAACCUGCAGAAGCUGACGUUGACAUGUGUGAAAAUUUCGGACGACAGGCAGCCUCUGAAGUCAUUUGCACAGCUGCGAGAACUUGAUUGGACACCAGACUCUAUUAACGACGAGUUUGUAGUGACCAACAUCCUAGCAGCGCCAAAUCUGCAGAAGUUUUCCCUCUCUUGUAAUCAUAGCGAGAUGAGUGCUCGAAAUCUUCAAAAGCUGACGUCGUUGGUGGCUGAGAAGAAGAUUUUGAGCAAACUCACCAGUCUAAGUUUGAACUUCUGUGACUGCAUCGAGCAAGAAGUAGUUGUAGAUAUCAACUACGAGUUUCUGCGAGCUCUGAGGGACUUGGUCGCUGUUUCUGCGGUGCAUCUCCCUAAUUUGAUUGAUUUCAAAUUGGGGAUGUGUUUUGAAGAAUAUUCUGAAACAAUUUGCAUACAGAGCAACCUGGAGUACGAUCUCCAUUAUGUGUUUGGGAGAAAAUUUCAGGAUUGGAUCGAAGAUGACAGCAUCGUCGAAUUCAUUCUUGCGUUUAAUGCGAGAAAACAUCCAAACCUCACUGUACAAGUGUGGUGAAACUAUUGCUCACUCACAUACCCUCGCCCAUAUUUUCCAUCGGGUGAAGCGCCUGC